UGACCACGCAGCCGGGGCGGUGCGGAGGUGCUUUCACCACUGAAGGGAAAGGCCUGGCUCCUUCCUGAAGCUGCCGCUGCCCUGGGCCAGGGAAAGCAGCAUGGAAGAAGGAGUGAUUUAUCCUUUGUCAGACUCCCCCUCUGCAAAGAUGUCCCAAUCAUCUCCAGCUGAUGAAGGCACAACAUUUGAGCACCUCUGGAGCACACUGGAGCCAGACAGCACCUAUUUCGACCUCCCUCCAUCCAACCAUACAGGCAGCAGUGAGGUCUCCAAUCGCACAGAGGUCACGAUGGAUGUCUUCCAGAUGAGAAGCAUGAAUGACUCAGUCAUGUCCCAGUUCAAUUUGCUGAACAACAGCAUGGAUCAGAGCAUCGGCAGCAGAGCAGCCUCCACCAGUCCCUACAGCUCCGAGCAUACCUCCAAUGUCCCAACGCAUUCGCCCUACUCGCAGCCCAGCUCUACCUUCGACGCCAUGUCCCCAGCUCCCGUCAUUCCCUCCAACACUGACUACCCUGGUCCCCACCACUUUGAGGUGACCUUCCAGCAAUCCAGCACCGCCAAGUCAGCCACCUGGACAUACUCCCCUCUGCUGAAGAAACUCUACUGUCAGAUUGCAAAAACAUGUCCCAUCCAGAUCAAGGUGUCCACCCCCCCACCGCCGGGCACCAUCAUCCGGGCCAUGCCCGUCUACAAGAAAGCAGAGCACGUCACCGAGGUGGUGAAACGCUGCCCCAACCACGAGCUUGGCCGUGACUUCAAUGACGGCCAGUCAGCCCCAGCCAGCCACCUCAUCCGGGUGGAAGGCAACAACCUCUCCCAGUACGUGGAUGACCCCGUGACAGGAAGGCAGAGCGUGAUGGUGCCCUACGAGCCCCCGCAGGUGGGAACCGAGUUCACCACCAUCCUGUACAACUUCAUGUGCAACAGCAGCUGCGUGGGAGGAAUGAACAGGAGGCCCAUCCUCAUCAUCAUCACCCUGGAGACGAGAGACGGCCAAGUCCUAGGAAGGAGAUCAUUUGAGGGACGGAUCUGUGCCUGUCCCGGGAGAGACCGGAAAGCUGAUGAAGACCAUUACCGAGAGCAACAAGCCCUGAACGAGAGUGCAGCUAAAAACGGCAAUGCCAACAAACGCACCUUUAAGCAGAGCCCCCAGGGCAUCCCAGCGCUGGGUGCCAGCGUUAAGAAACGGAGGCACGGGGAGGAGGAGAUGUAUUAUGUGCCUGUGCGAGGCCGGGAGAACUUUGAGAUCCUGAUGAAGAUAAAGGAGAGCCUGGAGCUGGUGGAGCUGGUCCCGCAGCAGCUGGUUGACUCCUACCGACAGCAGCAGCAGCAGCUCCUGCAGAGGCAGAGUCAGCUGCAGACGCCUUCCUCCUACGGUCCUGUCCUGUCACCCAUGAACAAGGUUCACAGCGGAGGAAUCAACAAGCUGCCCUCUGUCAACCAGCUGGUAGGGCAGCCGGCACAGCACAGCUCGGGCUCUGCGCCCAGCCUGGCGCCCAUGGGACCCGGCAUGCUGAACAGUCACCCCAUGCAACCCAACGGAGAAAUGAAUGGGGGCCACUCGUCCCAGUCCAUGGUCUCCGGAUCACACUGCACCCCCCCUCCGCCCUACAACCCCGAUCCCAGCCUCGUCAGUUUUUUAACAGGAUUGGGGUGUCCAAACUGCAUCGACUAUUUCACCUCACAAGGGUUACAGAAUAUUUACCACCUGCAGAACCUAUCCAUAGAGGAUCUCGGAGCACUGAAGAUCCCGGAGCAGUACAGGAUGAUCAUCUGGCGAGGUCUGCAGGAGCUCAAGCAGAGCCACGACUACGGGGCCCAGCAGCUCAUCCGCUCCAGCAGCAACGCCUCCACCAUCUCCAUCGGCAGCUCGGGCGAGCUGCAGCGGCAGCGUGUGAUGGAGGCCGUGCACUUCCGCGUGCGCCACACCAUCACCAUCCCCAACCGCGGCGGGGCCGACGAGUGGGCGGACUUUGGGUUUGACCUCCCAGACUGCAAAUCUCGCAAACAGUCCAUAAAGGAAGAAUUCACGGAGGGAGAGAUCAACUGAGGGUCUCCAGAAGGCAGCAGCAAAAGACCGGAGGGGGGAAAUGAAACCCCCUAUGAAAAAUGUUUUCAGCCUUGGGCAUCUGGAAAAGUGUAAUUUUGUUGUCUGGAGGGGAACUGCAAGCCCUGUGUGAAAGCACGGCCCUGAGCCGCACGGGGAGUGUCUGCCCCGGAGAGGAAACCGUGGUGGCUUCGGCGGAGGGGAAGAGGAGGGUGGCGGAGCCAGCUCAGCCACGGGCGUGCGGGUUGUCUGCCCGCUGCAGGCACCCGCUGGUGCUUUACGCUGUUCUGUGUUUUACUGGAGGAUCCCCGCAUCCGACAGACGUGGUGUAAAGAUGGUACAUUUUUCUCUUUGCAAGACCAGCCUUCGGUACGGCUUACCUACCCCCGUCCCGUAUCCCCCGUCGUGUCCAGAACCGACACCAUCGUGAUGGUCUUCACCAUCGUGACGAGGACUCGGCCCUUCCCUGCUCCAUUUUCUGUACAGAAACCUGCCAGUGGCUGCUGCGAAGCCACACGACCUGCUCCCUGCCCGACUGCCACCACCCACCCCUGCCCUUCAGGUCUCUGUGCAGCCGCAAAGAACCGCAAAGUUCCCGAUGUGGUCACGUACUUAAAUAUUUGUGUAUAUAAACAGAAGCAAAUGUACAUACGGUAUGCUCAUUGUGCUGUAAGGAGAAAAAAAAGAUUUAUUUUCAUGUACACUAUAAAAAUUGAUACUUACUCCUGAGACACUAUAGUGCCAAGUAAAUUAAUUUCAUGUUCUAGCAUGUAAAGAAGAAGAAAAUCGUGUCUCCAGCCUUAUCUACUCAAAAUUCGUAUUUUUUCCUCCUCUGAGUAUCUUUCACACAACUGCAAAGGAGGGGGCAAGCCAGGGAAUUCUGCUGGGAAGUCUGAGGUUGGCUGACCCCUCCCUGCUCCAGUGGGGAGCGUGGCACACGGCUGAGCCCCAGCGAGCAGGAAUGCAGGAGGGGACAUUUGAUCCGACUUUGGAGCAAGGAGACAGACUAGGUGACCACAUGAGGUCCUGCCAGUUUCGUUUUCUGUCGCUGGUCAUUGUUUCCAGGCGUAAUUUGUCUGUUGGUUCAGGCUGGAAAAAACCCUGAGCAGAAAGCAAGGCCACCGGUGGGUGCGUUCCCUCCCUCGCCAGCGCCUGCACGUGUUGAAAGGUGACGUCCCACAGCCAUCUCAGCAAGGCGCAGAAAGUCACCGGGGCUGCCACUGCGCGGAAGGAGGGGGGGCGGGAGGGCAGGGAGCUGCUUCUCUGAGCCCUCAACCUCAGGUCGCUCAAGAUUUUGGGCAGCUGGAGGGAAUCAAUGCAGAAACGACGCUGCCUGGCACAUUCCCACUGCUGCGUCUCCUCCCCGCUUUGCCUCUCUGCCGGAGGCAGACCGCCCACCGUGUCCCAGCUCCCCCAGGCCGGGGAAGGAGCCGGGGGGCCCUUCACAAAGCCUCCGACCAGCAAAGCAAAAGAAGAGGAGCCGAGUCCCACCUACCACCUCCAGGGCCGUCUCCUUGCAGGCUUGCAAGGAGGAUCCCGGGGAAAACAAGCAUGAGCUCCGACGCUGUACCAGCACCCCCAGGGCCCAGGUCCUCCCUCUGCCACCUCUGUCCCAGUGUCCCACAGCGGCUCUGAGACUUGGGCAUGCAGGAGGUGGCCUCCUCUCCCUCCCACCCUCGGCAAGGGGCUCAGCUCCGCUCCCCCAGCCGGAUUGAGCCGCAGGUGCCAGGGCAGCAUCCUGGAGGCCGUUACGCCCCUCUCCACUGCAGCAAUUAGGAACCUGACUCCUUUGGUGUUGCCGAAAUGUGAACCUAAGUCCUAAGAUAAUGACUAAUUAAAGCACUUUAAUGCUUUAAAGGUUUUGAAACAAUCAUUCGUGUUUUUCAAUGUUAACUAAGGCUUCUUCUGCCAGUAUUAACUAAUACACUCCCACCAUGGUAUGAAUGGUAUUUUUUGUAAUGUUAUCUUUGGAAAAUGUGUUAUUUUUAUAGCUGUGGGGUUUUUUUGUUGUUUUUUUUUUUU